CAGCUAAUGCUCCAUCAAUUAUUACUACAACCAAUAUGAAGUUGCCAAACACGUCUCUAGUUUUCGUCCUCUCCGCUGCACUUAACUUUAUAUUAUACGUACAUGUAGAGUCCUGUACCUUCUACGUUACUAACAAAUGCUCGUUUCCGAUAUGGCCGGCGACCGCCCCAAACACCGGCUAUCCCGUGGUGGCAAACGGCGGCUUCUAUCUCCCGCCGGGGAAAACCCAUAGCUUCCGGGUGCCCGGGGAUUGGAGCGGCCGCGUAUGGGCAAGAACCGGCUGCGACUUCGAUUCCGGCGGCAAAUGUGAAACCGGCGACUGCGACGGGAAACUGGAGUGCGCCGGCAGCAUCGGCCUUCCUCCGGCGACACUGGUGGAAUUAACUAUACAAAUGGAUAAAGGCAAGCCCAGUUUCUAUGACGUCAGCUUGGUGGACGGAUAUAACCUCCCCGUGUCGGUUGCGUCAAUCCCUUCGUCCUCCAAAUGCUUCAUCGGCGGGUGUAUGAAAAGCAUGAGGAAUGCUUGUCCGGCGGAGCUGCAAGUUGUGAACAAUAACGGAGAUGUUGUGGCGUGUAAAAGCGCCUGCUUGGCUUUCAACGCCGACUCCUUUUGCUGCCGGAAUCAGUACGGAAGUCCCGACAAAUGCAAGCCUACUUUGUAUUCCAAGAUGUUUAAGAAUGCAUGUCCUUCGUACGUUAGCUAUGCGUUUGAUCGGCCGUCUCCGGUCGUUAGCUGCACCUCCGACAAGUAUUGGUUUACUUUCUGCCCGGAAAACUUCGGCAGCGGUUCGGUGUCCUCGUAGAGCAGCGUGCAAGCCGUGAAAUCUGAAUCAUAUCGUAAUUCGCAGCUUUGAACUAUGCAUUCCGAAUAUCUAGUUUAAAUGUAAUAAACAUGCAUGAUAUAAUAAUGGGAAAAAGGUGAAAUCGACCAGCUUUGUACAAAAGUAGUUAAUUUUACUUAAAAAACUUUUAAAAGGGGUAAUUAAACACAUCAACAAGUUAUUUUUGUACAUUAAAAUUUAAAAAUUAA